AUGCUUCGCAUAUCGUUACAAAUCUAUUGGUUUUGGUUCAAAGACUCGAUUACCAGACAAUUUAGAGUUUUCUCAUCACUUAUUUUAUAUAUUCUGAGUUAUUUCACCCUCAGAGUUCGACAGCAAACUAGGUCGAUAAUGCAGUAUCAAAGUGUAAGGUAUAAUAUUGUACCAUUGUCCCCUCUUUCCAAACUCCAGCUUUGUAAGUUCUUUUAUGCGUUUCGUAUUUUCGUAACGAUCUAUUUCCUCGAGUUGAAUUUUGUACCACUUUCAGGUCUUCAAAGACGCAAAAUUAUGGUUAUUGAUCUAGAUGAAACGCUUAUUCACUCUGUUCUUGAUGGAGUUUCUAGGCCUCAACGAGGAGGUCCACCGCCCGAUUUUGUGCUCAAAGUGGAUAUUGAACACCAUCCAGUUCGGUUUUCUGUACACAAACGACCCCAUGUAGAUUAUUUCCUCAGCAUUGUCAGCCAAUGGUAUGAGUUAGUGAUAUUCACCGCUUCGCUUGAGAUCUAUGGCGCGGGAGUAGCGGAUCAUUUAGACAAUGGCCGACACAUCUUUCAACGACGCUACUAUCGACAACACUGUCUCUAUGACAGCGGUAGUUACUCCAAAGACCUCUCACGUGUCUCCACCGACCUCUCUUCCAUUUUCAUUCUUGACAAUUCACCCGGCGCCUACCGCUCAUUCCCCGACAACGCCAUCCCUAUUCAAUCCUGGUUUUCCGAUCCACAAGAUACCGCUCUCCUCUGUCUCCUGCCAGUUCUAGAUGCCCUUCGUUUUGUCUCAGAUGUGCGUUCCAUUUUGAGUCGUAAUUUGCAUCGAGAUGUUCAACCUCUGGAACCUAUAAGUAGUUCAGUGAUUAAUAGAGCCUUCGAAGAGAAAGUUGAGGUCGUGCACCGUAUUCUUGCUGCGUUCGUGUUCUCUCAUGUUUCCGCGUAG